AGCUUCUCUGCUCCUACCGCCAUGGAACAGAACUACGAAACAUACACGUAUCUGACGGUCACUCUCGCGCCUAAUUCUCCUUACAACCAAUCUCCGGAAGCUCUCGCGACCAUUCAUCCUUUGAUCACUCUUGUGGGUCAAGUAGGCUCGCUGGAUGACGUGCAGUUGCUGAGUGUGCCGAAGCAGGAAUGGGCACAGCGGGGCGAGGAAGUGUUGGCGUCAUUAAAGGCCGCUCAGGGUGUUCAUCGAGUUGAUGUUCAGUCGCUGAGGCAGAGAUCCAAGAGAGAUGAGCUGUGACUUGUACUCGUCGACGUUUGGUGGAGAUAUCAGUCAGUCGCCAUCCGUUGCGAAAUUUUUUUGCUGGCCUUCGUUCUUUGAAAAUUCUACCCUUGACUGAGCUGUCGUACUCGAGGCCUAAAAUAUACUUAUUUCAGACAAAAA